AUGUCGUCGUUCGCACGCACCCACCUCCUUGCCCUUCUACUGGCAGUCGCCACCACCGCCUCGCUGUCCGUCUGCUUACCCGUGGCCGCGGCCCGCUGCGGCCCCCUUGAGGCCUCAGUCCAAGAGCCCCGCGCCACGCGGCGUCUGCUUCAACCAGGCGGCGGCGCGGGCGGUGGCGGCAUGAUGGGUGGCGGCAUGAUGAUGUGGCCGCCCAUGAUGGGCGGUGGUGGAAUGGGCGGCGGUGGCUUGCGCAACCCACCUGGCGGCGUGGGCGGCGGCGGCAUGCAGCAGGGCGGCGGCAUGGGCGGUCCGCCUGGAGGGAUGGGUGGUGGCGGCAUGCAACAGGGCGGCCGCAUGGGCGGGGGCGGGGUGGGCGGCGGCGGCAUGCAACAGGGCGGCGGCAUGGGCGGCCCGCCUGGAGGGAUGGGUGGUGGCGGCAUGGGCGGCGGCGGCAUGCAGCAGGGCGGCGGCAUGGGCGGCCCGCCUGGCGGCAUGGGCGGGGGCGGCAUGGGCGGCGGCGGCAUGCAACAGGGCGGCGGCAUGGGCGGCCCGCCUGGAGGGAUGGGCGGGGGCGGCAUGGGCGGCGGUGGCAUGCAACAGGGCGGCGGCAUGGGCGGCCCGCCUGGAGGGAUGGGUGGUGGCGGCAUGGGCGGCGGCGGCAUGCAGCAGGGCGGCGGCAUGCGCGGCCCGCCUGGCGGCAUGGGCGGCGGCGAGAUGGGCGGCGGCGGCAUGCAGGGGCCUCCUGGCGGCAUGAGUGGCGGAGGCUCGCAGCAAGGGGGCACCAUGGGCGGCCCGCCUGGUGCCAUGGGUGGUGGCGGCAUGCACCAGGGCGGAGGCAUGCAGGGUGGCGGCAUGAUCAUGGGGUCUCCCAUACUGGGUGGGGGCACAGUGGGUGGCACAACGGGUCCUGGCGGCAAGUGA